AUGGCGAACGAAGAACAGAGAAGAGCUUUCGAGUCAUACAUAGGCCGCGCGAAUAGCGACAACGGGCAAGCUCAGAGCCCAAGUCAGCCUCUUGCUCAGUAUCCUGGGUCAGUUACUCAGCCGGCCAAUCCGUAUCUUUAUCAACAAUUCCCUGGGCUCGGAGUGCCCCCUGCAGCACCGACACCACCACCGGCAGCCUCGUCUUCUGUCGCAUCGUUUCCUGGGUACCAAGGCGGAUAUUCUCAGCCCAGCUAUGGGCUGGGGGUAUAUGGUCCAAACGGCAUUCCGCAGCGUCCGCCGCCACUAGGCGAUCCUCAAGCACAGCAACAGGCGUCAUCGGGAAGCGGGUUUCAAGGAUACUCUCAAAGGCCUGGAAGCUACAUUGCACAACCCCCGCCCCCAUUGAGUCAUAGUGGGUGGCCAUACAACCAUUCACAUAGCGGAAUGGCCAGCCGUCGCGACAACCCAAUCGCAGGUGCCGUCGUCCCAGCAUCUCGCAGCCACACUCAAGAAAUGGUGCGAUCAAGUUCGAGACAAAGGAGGGAAGAGUAUCAUUAUCAUAGUCAUGAAUCAGCUCAGACAGACCAAGCGCCGCUAGUGGAAGAAGUGGUCGUGCCAGUUAUGCUCUGUCAUACCUGCAGUCACUGCGGUCAGAUGCGCUCUGCAGGCUUCCACCGAAAUAACCCAAUCGUUCCCGGCAAGCCUUUAGUUUCCACGCCGUGCCGCAGAUGCAAGAAGAAGCUUAACAACUUAUAUCGGUCGAGCAGUCGCUAUACUCGCAUCCGCAAGUGCAUAGCUGACGAGCCCUGCGAUUGGCCUAGGGAGCCAUUCCGCGUCGACGCUGAACAAGAUGAGUCUAGAGGUAGACGAAGAAGUAGAGAAGAGGUUUACGGGAACAGGUACUCUCCAAGUCGACCUAGGGUAGUGAAACGCGAGUCCAGCCUCGUACAUCUGGGUUUAGGGGCAUUCCAACAGGCAUCAAGAAAGGAUCGAGCAGCUCGGAGAUCCUCAUCUAGUCCUUGUCAUUCUACAAGGUACACUAGCGAGGUGUGGCCCCCGCCUGAUAUUGUACGUAUGGUGCCAAGGCGGGCCGAUGAGGCGUGCUCUGUACCAUUUGGGCCGCCCAUGAGCUGUGCAGCGAAGUCAGACGAAGUAUGGCCUCCUCCAGACAUUGUUCGGGCCCAUUCGUAUAGAGACGUGGAGAGAAAAUCUCUACGUCGCCAGAGUUCUAGGAUUGUCGAACUCAGUCCCUCUCCUCCUCCGCCCUCCAGGCCAAGAUCAACCAGAGUUGUCUAUCGUAGCGAUUCGCAGGAACACCGACGUAGAAAUGCGAGUACAUCUCUCUCUCGCGUCAGAUCUCGCGGAGAAAGGCGAAGUGAAGAAGCAGAAUCCCAUCUCAUAUCACAUCCCCUGCCAUUUCGAACAGUCGUUUCGGACCGCCAACAUACCUCCUUUCGCGCCUCGGACGAGACUUGUAGCAACGCCGAGUCGAUACCUCGUCAACAUCCAGAAUCACCAACCUGUAGCAUCUUGAAACCUGGUAGCUCUGACCAUCGCGACACAAAGUCACAACGGAGAGCCAGUAUGCGCGCAAGCGAGCAAAGCGUGCACAUCGAGGUCGGAGGACCUCGUGUCCGGUUCAGCGGCGAACGAAGAGAGGAAUUGUCAGACCGGGAACCGAUCAGAAGACCAAGAUACGCUUAUGAAGACGGUGGCAACAAAAAGAAGUCUGAGUAUCACCAAGAUCACUCUCGCGAGCGUGUGCAAGAGCGCGCGCAGUAUGACACCCGACCUAAACCACGCCCAAACCAGGACUUUGAAAAAGUUCGCACAAGGUACUGCUCUCCAAUGGACGAAAAAGACUAUGAAGAAGAGAUGCGAGUGGACAAGCAGCGUGGUAUCUCGCCUUCACCUUCUCCUCCCCAGAGAAGAAGCAGAGAGUACGAAGAGAUUCGCGUUCGCCAUAUUUCUCCUCUACCUAUUCGACGCUCAUCUCAUCAUCCACUGCAGCACUCUGAUCGUGCCAAAUCACCAUCACCACCGCCUCUGUACCGCCAUGUCUCGCGCACAAAAGCACUAGAUGGUAGACGGUCGGUUGCGUCUCUGCCUGUUCAUUCUAGAGAGGAAGACCAUACAGACUGUAGUAGUACGGGCUCGGGGGAUGUGAUGGUGGUGACGAGGACGUGGAAGGGUAUCGAUGAAAAUGGGCGGCCGGCGACGUUUGUGGAGGAGAGAAGGGAGGUCAAGAUGCUUGCGGAGGGAAGUGAGCGGGGUGGCUCUGGGAGGGAGUAUAGGGACUUGGGGUAUAGUGACCGGGUCAGUAGUGCUGGCAAAGUAUGGAGGGAGGUUUAA